AUGCCGAGCCACUCCCGCAGUCGAGACCGCAUUCGCGGCCGCGAGCCGGGCUCCGACCACACGCGCCGACGAUAUCGGGAAGACGAUUAUGACGACGACUUUGAUUACGACCCUCGCGAGCGCCGGUACCGACGGGACGGAUAUCGCCCAAGACGAGGCGACUCACGAGAUUACGAACCCCGCAGCUAUUACGAUCAAGAUGCCGACGACGUAAACGAAUAUGACAUGGCCCCGGAGGACCCUGGGGUGCCUCUGAGACGAUCGCGUGGAGAGAGCAGGCGCAGGGAGAGGUCCCAAUCGAACGCAUCGCCACUUGCGUCGCCGCGGAGGACUCGCGACCGAGACAGGGGUAGGGGAGACCGGGACCGCGCUGGAGAGAGCGAUGCAGAGCGGAGGCGUCGCAGGGAAAGGAGGCGUGCCGCGGCAUCGAAGCACGAGAGUACUGAGUCGACUAGUAGUGCGUCUCAUCUGUUGAGUGCUGAUGCACUGGCCAAGCUAAGCUCACAGUACGAUGACGAAGAACGAGAGGAUCGAUCUCGCACGACGGGCGACUCUCGAGCGGAGAGGAAACGGCCACGCAAGCGCCCCGUGGUGGAAGGGGAAUCCCAGAUGCUGGAACCGUUCCCGGACGAUACGCCCAGAGGGCAGUCGAAAGGUCGAAUCGUGUCCGGCGCAUACUUGGAAGAGGGUCGAAAUCCCGACAUGAACGUUCGACAUCGUGGCGGCGGCGGCGGCGGCCCCCCAACGGAAAGUACAUGGCAGAAGGAGGGAGAUUGGGGUGAUAGUAUGGGUGGCUCCGGUGAUGGCCAGACCUCGAAGAAACGGAAGAAAUGGAUAUGGAUUGCCAUUGCUCUGCUAAUCAUCAUAUGUGCGAUUGUCAUUCCCGUUGCGGUGGUAAUGUCGAAAAAGAACAAAGAUUCGUCCGACUCGGCUGAUGGGGGCGACAACGAAGACGACGAUGAUGAUAAGCCUGCUAAUACCGAACUAAAUGGCAAGAGCCAUGACAGUAUUCCUGAAUAUGCCCGGGACACAGUGCUCGAUCCCUGGACUUGGUACGACACGACUGACUUCAACGUGACAUUCACAAAUGAAACCGUGGGCGGCCUUCCUAUCAUGGGACUAAAUUCUUCCUGGGACGACUCGGCAAGGGCAAACGAGCACGUUCCUCCUCUGAAUAAACGAUUCCCUUAUGGCUCGCAGCCGAUCCGUGGCGUAAACGUCGGUGGCUGGCUGUCGAUCGAACCGUUCAUCGUUCCGUCAUUUUUCGACAAAUAUUCAUCGAGAGACGGUAUCAUCGACGAAUACACUCUUACUAAACGACUCGGAGACUCAGCGCCCAAGAAGAUCGAGCGACAUUAUGCCAAAUUCAUCACGGAACAGGAUUUUGCGGACAUCAAAGAUGCGGGACUGGACCACGUUCGAAUUCAGUUCUCCUACUGGGCGGUUGAAACCUACGACGGCGACCCCUACGUGGCGAAGAUUUCGUGGAGAUAUUUACUGCGGGCUAUCGAAUACUGUCGAAAGUAUGGACUACGGGUUAAUCUCGAUCCACACGGGAUCCCUGGGAGUCAGAACGGAUGGAAUCAUAGUGGCCGUGAGGGGACGAUCAAUUGGUUAAACGGAACUGACGGCGAUGUCAAUCGGAAACGGUCUCUUGAGUUUCACGACAAGAUCUCUCAAUUCUUUGCCCAGGAUCGAUACAAAAACAUCGUCACCAUCUAUGGCCUGGUGAAUGAGCCCCUCAUGCUCUCACUGCCGGUGGAAGACGUGCUUAACUGGACGACCGACGCCACCAAAUUGGUGCAAAACAAUGGCAUCGAUGCCUUUGUUGUUGUCCACGAUGGUUUCCUGAAUCUGAGUAAAUGGAAGAAGAUGCUGAAAACGCGUCCCGAUAACAUGUUCCUGGACACCCAUCAAUACACGAUCUUUAACACCGGCCAGACCGUCUUGAAACAUACAGACAGAAUCAACCUCAUUUGCAACGAUUGGUACCACAUGAUCCAGGAGAUCAACACCACAGACGCAGGCUGGGGACCGACCAUCUGUGGUGAGUGGUCUCAAGCCGACACCGACUGCACGAAGUAUCUCAACAAUGUCGGCCGCGGUACUCGCUGGGAAGGCACCUUCUCCACCACAGACUCGACCGCCUAUUGUCCCACGGCCGACGACGGCCCUUCGUGCGAUUGCACCAACGCCAAUGCCGACAUCGCCGACUAUUCGGAUGACUACAAGAAAUGGCUGCAGACGUAUGCCGAAGCCCAAAUGUCCGCCUUCGGAACAGCGCAGGGCUGGUUCUACUGGACGUGGCAUACAGAGACGGCCGCGCAGUGGAGUUAUAAAACCGCUUGGAAGAACGGGUUUAUGCCUAAGAAGGCAUACGCGCCCGAUUUUAAGUGUGGGGAUGAUGUCCCUAGUUUUGGUGACUUGCCAGAGAAUUAUUAG